GUUAAUAAAUCUAUUUAAAAACUUUAAAAUUGAUUGAAUUUUUUUUUUUUAAAGUAUAAAAUCAUUUUUAUUUUAAUGUAAUUUAUUCAUUAUAAACGAAAUUUCUUCAAUUAUAUUUUUUUAAAGAAAAAAGUCAUGUCUUCUUCAAGACCACAUCGUCGUACUAUGAGUAUCAGUGCGGGAAGCAAUGAUUCUUCGGAAAAUCUUCUUUCGAUACCGAAUCAACGUAUAGUCAAUAAUACAAGUAAUUUUAAUAAUACAUAUAAUUCUAAUCAAAAUAAUUACCUUGAAUCACAAAAAUCAGGGAAAUCAUUUCUUACUUCUAUAAGUGAGAAUAGUAAUAAAAGUUCAUUACAAAAUCCACCUCAUACUCCAUCAAAACAUAAAUCUUUUGAGAAACAAAUGCAAGCUGAUACUUCCUCAAAUUUUGAAUUAAAAAAUAUAUUAUCAAUGUUAGUAUUUUUUUGUGCUCUUGUAUUCUUUUUGGGAAGUUUAAGCGGAUUAGGUCCUCCAUUUGAUGAUUUAGAAUAUGCAAUUAAAAAAGAACCGAUCAAUGUGGAAGAACCAAUUAAUUUUGUGCAGGAUCCUGAUAAAUUUUCUGAUGAUGAAGAAAAUGAAAUUCAUGAAGUUCUCAACCCUUUUGUAGAAAAUCCGAUAGAAGAUAAAAUUGAUGAUGAUCACAUUAAUGCAAUUUAUAAUGAUACUAUAUUUGAAGAUGGAGAAGUUAUUUAUGAAGAUGAUGAACUUAAACCGCAAGAAAUUAGUACUGAAGAGCAUUCGUCCGAUAAUAACACAAGUGAUGUUAUACCAGAAUUACCUGAUGAAACAAAGCAACAAAAUCAGGAAGAAAGUAUUCUUGAAGAUAUUAAAAUUGAACCUAAUCUUACUAAUAAUGUGGAUGAAAAUGAAAUCAAAAAUACAAAUUUUGGACAUUCUGAUGAAAUUCUUCUUAAUAAUGGUGAUAUAAAAGAUCAGUUGGAAGAAACAAGUAAUAAAAAUAUUCUAGAAAGUAAUGAAACUGAAGAAAAAUCAAAUUUAAUAGGCUUACCUAACAAGCUUGAUAAAAAAAAACUUAGACAUUACAAGUUGGAUGCAUCGGGAUUAAGUGAUAAUAAUGAGGAUAUAGUUAAUUAUGCAAAUCUUGAUUCUUCAUGUGGAACAUGGCAAAAAAAUUAUGCUAAAUUACACGAAGACAUUUUGACUGGAAGAACGGAACAAAAAUAUGUUGCUUAUGUUUGUGAAGCAAAUUCAAAUUGUGGUAACCUGGGUGACCGCAUACUUGGCAUGACCUCGACAUUUUUAUUUUCUUUGCUUACAAAUCGAGCUUUUCUUUCAGAUUGGCAAGCUCCUCUUCCUCUUGAUGCAAUUUUUGAUUCUCCUAAUAUUGAUUGGAGUUAUGAUUCUUUAGAUCCGGAACCGACCAUCAAAGAUUUGCAAAGUAGUGAAAUUAAUGUUAUUGAUUUUGAUGCUCAACAAAUAGACAAUCAAUUUUUACUUUCUAAUUGGUCAACAAAAUAUCCGGAUCCUUUUAUCAAAUUUCAUACAAAUCGAGGAAUGAUUAUUAGAACCUUUGAUUCAAAAUAUUACGCACAACCUUUAAAAGAGAUUGGAUUAAGACCACACACAGCAUUUGGAUGUAUUUUUGAUUAUCUAUUCCGUCCAAGUACUUCAACAAUGUCAUUUAUAUCAAAGUAUACAUCAUUAUUUUCACUUAAUAAUAUAUUUUCGGUGGGAAUUCAAAUUAGAAUAAGGGGUGAUACGAAUGCAUUGCAAGAUUAUAAACAUUUUUUUCAUUGUGCUGAUCAACUUACACAAACUUAUGCCGUACCGGAUCACAAAGUCAUUUAUUUCCUUAUUACUGACUCGGAAGCUUUAAGAAAUGAGGCUGUACAAAAAUUGGAACAUGUUAUUAUCUCCGGUUUACCAAUUCAAUCUAAUCAUAGUCAUCACGAUCACGCAGAUGAUGUAAAUAAUGCUAUAAUAGAAAAUUGGAUUUUAAGCAAAACAGAUUAUCGGAUAAUUUCUCCUGGAGGUUAUGGAAAAUUGGCGGCCUUCCAUUCUAAACAAUUACAUACUACAGUUUCAAUGGAUUAUCCUGUUUUUGAUAAACAAAUUCCAGAUUGUACGAAAGAGGAUGCAUUUGUUACAUUUAGUAAGUUAUCUAGUGAAUGGUCAUUAGGAUAAUCUAUUAUGUAAUAAGUAUUCUUAUAAAAUCAAAUAGAAUCUUUUAUAGAUUUAAUUAUUAUUUUUUAUUAUUAUUCGGAUUUUCAUGUGAUUUAAAAGAAGA